AUGUGCGGCAAUUCUGGGAUCUGUUUAAGUGACGGUGAGCCACUUGUCGAUCGAUGAAGAUCGGAGCCACACCACCACCACUCACGUGCAUUAGAGCAAUUUCCCGCGAGCCUGGCGUGAGAGUGAGACGCUCUAGUAUGGUUUAGUCGGGGAGAUCCUUGCUGUCAUGCCGCUCAUUUUGUUCUUCGGCGCCGUUUGUUCUUUUCUUCUGUGAUACGGUACAGAGAUGAUGCAUGACGUGCCCGAGUACAAGACUCCAAGAUGAGGUAGAUGCUGCUGGAGUACUCAUUCUGCUGGUUGAUAUCAUGAUACACCUCAUAUAUCUAGCUACUCGUAUUCAGCCAUGUAGCCGUCCGUACAGCCAGCCAGCCAGCCAGUCAGCUACAUUAUAGCUUCAAUAGUCAGAUAUGACAACAGCCAACACCAAGACAACGUUACGAGCCUCGUGCAUCGUGAGAUUACAGUGCUACACCCAUAUUACUACAUCGAUCCCCUCGGUUAAAGAUGCUGCCGCCGGAGUAGGGGCGCAGCUCUCGUAUUCAGACCGCCGCCGUUACGGUUUGAGCUUGGCGUUCGAUGGCGCUUGACGCCGGUUGGCCCGUUCAAGUUAAGUUAACCUCGUAAAAUGGGGAAAGGGCGGAAAGGACCCUGAGAUUGUCAAAACUGUCAGGUACGAGGUACAGGGGCCACGGGCGCCCGCGGGCAGAAACAGACAGCGGCACCGCGCAAGGGUCCUAGUCCUGGUAUUUACUGCGUAUCUCACCCAUAUCCCCCCGCGAAAUAUCGACUUCGUCGCACCCUUUGUCCGUUCAAGAACUGAAACAACCACGCUCAUUUUUAUCUAUCCAGAAGGCUCACUCUUUUUGCCUCUUUAUCUUGUGAUCGCGGGGUCUAUUGUUCUUUUUGUUGCAGCUUCGGCGAUUAUUUCAUACCUAACUUUUGGAAUUAAUACACGGAAUAGAAAGCGGGACUUUGAUUACAACAGAUAACAGCCAUGAAACGCGCCUCCCAAGUUGCGCUUCUGGCGCUUUGCGCCCAGGUCGCGACCGCUGUCACCCCGCUCAUCGUCAAGGGGACCGAUUUCGUCAACUCUGUUUCGGGCCAGCGAUUCCAGGUCAUUGGUGCUGCAUAUCAGCCUGGCGGAGAGGCGGGUUACAAGCCUGAGUCAGGACAGGACCCUCUCAGCAAUGCGGAAACGUGCUUGAGGGAUGCUGCUCUGUUGCAGAGAAUUGGCGUUAACACUAUUCGUGUUUACAACUUGUCGCCGGAUAUCAACCACGAUGAGUGCGCGUCGAUCUUCAACAUUGCUGGCAUCUAUAUGAUGAUUGAUGUCAACUCUCCUAAGCCGAAUGAGGCUCUGAGCAGAGAGGCACCGUGGGAAAGCUACAACCAUGAUUACCUGGAGAGGACUUUCAAGGUUGUGGAGGGCUUCAAGAACUACCCCAACACUCUGCUGUUCUUCUCGGCAAACGAAGUCAUCAACGAUGUGCCAACAGCCAUUACCGUGCCAUACAUCAGAGCUGUCACCCGUGAUCUCAAGCAAUACAUCAAGCUCCACUCGGACCGCCCCAUCCCAGUCGGCUACUCCGCCGCUGAUGUCCGUGAGGUCCUCAUUGACACCUUCAACUACCUGCAGUGCAGCUUGACCGGAGACGCCACAGACGAAUCCAUCACCGAUGUCUUCGCUCUUAACAGUUACUCCUGGUGCGGCCCAGCUACGUUCAACGAGGCCGGCUACAACACCCUCGUGGACAUGUUCAAGAAGAGCAGCGUCCCAGUAUUCAUGUCCGAGUACGGAUGCCGCGAGAUCCGUCCCCGCAUCUUCGACGAGACCGCCGCGCUCUACAGCUCCAAGAUGAACCCUUACUUCAGCGGCGGCGUCGUCUACGAGUACACCCAGGAGAAGAACGACUUCGGCCUCGUUGUCCUGAACUCGGACGGCUCUGCAAAGCUCAAGGUCGACUACGACAACUUCCAAGGCCAGCUCGCCAAGCUCAACAUCACCGAGCUCCAGAGCACCUCCUCCUCGGCCGCCGCAACCCCCUUCCCCAAGUGCGUGUCCUCCCUCAUCAAGGACAAGGGCUACCCCAACGACUUCACCAAGAUCCCCAACCCACCCAACGACGGCCUCGCCGCGCUCAUCAAGGCCGGUGUCAAGUCUCCCAAGAACGGAAAGCUCGUCACCAUCGACAACUUGAAGGUUAAGCAGGUCGUUAAGAACAGCGAUGAUACCGUCAUCACUGGACUCGAGGUCAGGCGCCUCACGGACGGAAAUGUGCCUACUCCUAUCGCGACCACUGGAUCCCCUGCCGCUACUGGGACUACUGCGUCGCCACAGGAGACUAGCUCCAGCGCGGCGGUUGGGACGACGCAGCUUGGCGGGUUUGGAUUCGUGAUGAGCUCGGUGUUAGCUGCGCUGUAUCUUAUCUGAGUUUGAAGCGGGGUUGAGACGUAGAUAGGGGUUCUUUUUGUGUAUAGUUUUUCUCGUUACUUCUUUGGCAGCACGUUUUGGCUCGUCUGAUACCUUCAUAGCUGGCUAUUGGACGUUCAAUUGUAAUUCUGUUUUAUGAUCACGUUUAUACGUUUCUUUAGCGAUUGAAGGUCUAUUUAGAUAGUGCAUAUAUGUCAUGUCCUUGUUACGGU